UACAUUCAUGCACUUGUUUGAUCAUACAGUAGCGUAGGUUUGCAAGAAACGGUACUCACUACACAUAACCUGUGGACCCUCCUGCUGUGUGCAAUGCUGACUUCCUCCAAAGCAUCGUCGCUUGCGUUUAAGCGUGCCUCUCCCACGCAGCUGCGUGCGGCUAGGAUGACCUGUAACGCCUCCAAACAGCAGGCCUGGACCAUUGUAGGCGGCGGCCGCGUGGGUCUGGCUCUUGCAGAUAUGGGGCCUGGCGGCGAUGUGGUGGUCGGGCGUGGUCAGAAGAUUGAGGGGCCCGCGGGGAGCCCCAUCGUCGUUUGCACCCGCAAUGACGACCUGCAGGCGGUCGUCGACCUGACCGCGCCUGAGCGCCGCAAGGACCUGGUGUUCAUCCAGAACGGCAUGCUGCAGCCGUGGCUGGACGCGCGGGGGCUGGGCGGCAACACACAGGUGCUUGUGUACUUUGCUGUGGCCAAGAAGGGCGACAAGCCCACAGACGGCAAGACAGACGUCAACCCGGAGGGCCUCACCGCGGCCUUCGGCCCCCACGCCCAGGCGGUGGCGGACCGGCUGCACGCGGGCGGACUCAGCUGCAAAGUGUUGGGCGCCGCCGACUUCCAGCGGGCCAUGCUUGAGAAGCUGGUGUGGAUCAGCGCCUUCAUGGCGGUGGGCGCCAAACACAAGGCCAACGUGGGCCAGGUGGAGUCCGCCCACACCGCCGAGGUGAGCGACAUCAUCCAGGAGCUGUGUGCGGCGGGCGCGGCAGAGCUGGGUGUAGGGCUGGCGGGCGGCGAGGUGGCACGACUGCUCGCCUACGCACGCUCCGUGGCGCACUUCCCCACAGCCGUCAAGGAGUUCCCCUGGCGCAACGGCUGGUUCUACGGCCUGAGCCAGAAGGCCUUGGCGGCCGGCCAGCCCGACCCCUGCCCCAAGCACACCGCGCUGCUGCGGGAGGUGGGCGCCAUCUGAGCGGGGCGGGUGUGGGCUAAUGAGCACGUGUGUGCGGCGCCGGAGCGCACAAAUGUUUCGUUUGGAGGCGAUUGCCGUGGAGGAGCAGCGGGGGUGGAUUGCGGCCGGUGUCGCAGUUGCGAGACGAGAGGGUGACGGUUCAGAAGCGAGGCGUGUGUAAAGGCGCUCAGUGGAGUGUUGUGCGAACGUUUGUCGUUUGAUGUCGAGUUGGGGACUUCGCAUGCUCGAGCAAGCAGGAGGAAGCAGGUAGACUGACUGCAGGGGUCGGGGCUCCCAACCGCGGGGAGCAAGGAGGCUGGCCGGGGCUAGCGAGCGGCGGAGUGGCAUCGCUAUACCCGCUGCGUGCCGCACAUCCCCACGGCAGUCGAGGAGGUGGGUUUAGGACUGCCGUUGGUCGUCAGGGCGUGGCUCCGGCAGCAUGGUCAGCAGCAGGCGGGGGAGAAGGCGGUCAAGCAGCAGAGGCGUUGAUGAUAUGGAACUCCCCAUCAUCACUCCCCAUCAUCACUGGUGAGCUCCGGCAACGACCCGAGCUCUGGGCCCGGUGCCCGUGUCAAAAACCCGUCAAACCUACGACGCAUGUCUCAUUGCUGGAAUGUGUAAGUAUAAGUACAA